GUCUCUUCAGUCACUUGCAGCGGUCACACCGUUCUCUUCAGUUUUAUAUUUUGCGUGCAUGCAUUUCACCGAUGGGCAAUCUCUGUGCCAUCCCCGCACCUCAGACGCCCAAGAAAAAGCAAACCAAGCGCUUACCAAAUGCGCCGCCAAUCUCCAAUUCCAGUAAUCGUUGGUCCCGUUCGCGUUCUUCUCGUCAGGAGAAAAUCGACGAUGCCACGAUUCAAGAGCAAGCGCUAGUGGCUGCGAUGCUUUUGAAGCAUCAUCAGCAGCAGAAUGGUACUCUACCGUUUGAUCGAUCCAGCUCUCUCCGACAAACCAAUGCGUCUAAUAAGAAGAAUUCGUUGCCGCGGAGUUCGAGUUCCAGGCCUCGAUCACUUACUGAUUCUUUGAUACAGCCUCAUCAACUAGUUAAUCAGGAUAUAAGGCUUGAUGAUCUGGAGACCAAUCAUUUUGUCCUUGUCCAUGGAGGCGGCUUUGGCGCUUGGUGCUGGUAUAAAACUAUUGCACUUCUAGAAGAAGGUGGUUUUAAGGUUGAUGCCAUAGACUUAGCUGGUUCUGGGGUUGAUUCCUUUGAUACCAACAACAUUACGUCUAUAUCACAAUAUGUGAAGCCGCUCACUGAUUUUCUUGACAAGCUUCCUGAAGGCGAGAAGGUGAUAUUGGUUGGGCAUGAUAUUGGUGGGGCAUGUAUAUCUUAUGCUGCUGAGUUGUUUCCUCUUAAAAUAUCCAAGGCUGUCUUUAUUUCUGCAGCAAUGUUGAUCAGUGGGCAAAGCACUCUUGAUAUCUUUUCUCAACAGGUGGGUUCAAAUGAUCUUCUUCAAAGAUCUCAGAUCUUUUUGUACUCAAAUGGGAAAGAUCAGCCUCCGUCUUCUAUCGAUCUAGACAAGUCACUGUUGAGGGAUUUGUUAUUCAACCAUAGUCCAGCCAAAGAUGUGGCAUUAGCAUCUGUUUCAAUGAGGCCGAUACCUUUUGCACCAGUAUUAGAGAAGCUUUCUCUUUCUGACCUGAGAUAUGGAUCUGUGAGGAGGUUCUACAUUGUAACACCUGAAGACAAUGCCAUCUCCGUCACACUACAGGAGAACAUGAUAAAUGCAAAUCCCCCAGAAAAAGUCUUCCGGUUGAAAGGGGCUGACCAUUCUCCUUUUUUCUCAAAGCCUCAAGCCCUGCACAAGUUACUGGUAGAGAUUUCACAGAUCCGUUGAAAACGUUAUUCUACUCAUUGUUUUCAUGGCAUAGUCAUGAGAAACCUCGAAUAACAUGGCACAGGAAUGCAAAUGGUAUCAGUAACUUAAUGUGCUCUCUUUAGCAUAAGGAUUAGACUUAGAUCAAGUUCUUUAGUUGUUUGUUACUAUGCUCUCUAAUAAAAAAGUAAAAUGUAGAGGAUUGGGGGGGGGGGUGCUACAUGGAGGUCCACAUCCAUUUGUUUAUUUGUGUUUCCAUAUGUAUAUAUCAGUUGUUAUUAUAUUUUUAUUGGAGAUCCCUAUUGCAAACACUUAAA